AAGUAAAUGGGAGGGGCGGUGUGGGGAAGAAGAAGAGCCCGCUGAGCUGAGACUGAGAGCGAGGAGGAGCGAGAAGAAGAAGAAGAAGGGGGGAGAGUCCUCUUUUUUCUCUCUGGGCGGAGGAGAGGAGGAGCGAGACAUCAUCCAUCCAUCCAUGGCGAUUGCGAGGCUGCUCCUGGGUGCCGCCGCCAUUGCGCUGCUCGCCGGCGUGUCGUCUCUGCUGCUCGUGCCGUUCGCGGAGGCAUAUGAUCCUCUCGAUCCAAAUGGGAAUAUCACAAUCAAGUGGGAUAUCACACAGUGGACCCCGGAUGGCUAUGUUGCUGUUGUUACGAUAUACAACUACCAGAAGUACCGCCAUAUCCAAGCGCCUGGUUGGAAUCUUGGGUGGGCUUGGGCAAAGAGGGAGAUCAUUUGGAGCAUGGUUGGUGGGCAGGCCACAGAACAAGGCGAUUGUUCGGCGUUCAAAGCUAAUAUACCGCAUUGCUGCAAGAGGGAUCCAAAAGUUGUUGACUUAGUUCCUGGGGCACCUUAUAACAUGCAGUUUGGAAAUUGUUGCAAAGGAGGAGUGCUUACCUCAUGGGUGCAGGACCCAGUAAAUGCGGUAGCAUCAUUUCAGAUCACGGUAGGGCAUUCUGGAACUAGCAAUAAGACGGUGAAAGCGCCGAAGAACUUUACUUUAAAGGCCCCAGGUCCAGGAUAUAGUUGUGGAUUAGCGCAAGAAGUGAAACCUCCUACUAGGUUCAUUUCACUGGAUGGCAGGAGAACAACUCAAGCCCAUGUGACUUGGAAUGUGACAUGCACAUAUUCACAGUUUGUUGCUCAAAGAUCUCCAACUUGUUGUGUUUCACUCUCAUCGUUUUACAAUGAAACAAUUGUUAACUGCCCGAAGUGUGCAUGUGGCUGCCAGAAUAAGAAACCGGGAAGCUGUGUGGAGGGCAAUUUGCCUCAUUUGGAGUCUGUGGUGAAUGGACCUGGCAAGAGCAGCCUGACUCCUCUAGUUCAAUGCACACCACACAUGUGCCCAAUAAGAGUGCAUUGGCAUGUUAAGCUCAAUUACAGGGACUACUGGAGGGUCAAGGUCACAAUUACAAAUUGGAAUUAUCGGAUGAACUACUCGCAGUGGAACCUAGUAGUUCAACACCCAAAUUUUGAAAAUGUCUCAACUGUUUUCAGCUUCAACUACAAAUCUCUUAACCCAUAUGGAGUAAUAAAUGACACUGCAAUGAUGUGGGGUAUCAAGUACUAUAAUGACCUACUUAUGGUGGCUGGGCCAGAUGGAAAUGUCCAAUCCGAGCUUCUAUUCCGGAAGGACCCAUCAACCUUCACCUUUGACAAGGGUUGGGGCUUUCCGAGGCGCAUAUACUUCAACGGCGAAAGUUGCGUCAUGCCUUCACCAGAUUUAUACCCAUGGUUACCCCCCUCUUCUACUCCAAGAUUUAGGACUGUUUUCCUUCUCAUGUCAUUCCUCGUUUGUGGAACACUAGCAUUCUUGCACAACCACCUAGUGUUAGACAAAAAUUGUGGAAAGUGCUGACCAUAUUGGGCAUUGGCUGUUGACAUAGCGAGUCCUUUGUAAGUUUAGAGUGUGCUCUUGCAAGAAAAGCUAAUCCGCGUUUGAUUUAGGUUUUAAGCUUAGAUUCCUCAAAAUCAUUCAAGUCUGGGUUGUACAUUCUGAUUGUGUGUAUUCUUGGUCUGAAGUGUGAAGAGUAAUUGGGAACCCUCCC